CACACACAAAGUGAGAGAGAGAGAGAGAGUCGACAAACACUUUAAUGGCGUCACCAGUGCUACCAUGGAAGACGAAGAUCGUCCUCACCAUCCUCUCCGCAGUUACAGACACCGUGCGUCGCCCUAACGGCACCAUCAACCGCCGUUUGCUCAAGCUCUUAGAAUUCAAAACCCCUGCCAACAACGAACCCGUAAGAGGUGUCAAAACCUCCGACGUCACCGUCGACGCAAACCGAAACCUCUGGUUUCGCCUCUUCACCCCAACCGAAACUACCAAAGGUGACGUUAUUCCUCUCCCCGUCAUCAUCUUCUUUCACGGCGGAGGAUUCUCUCUCCUCACAGCCGAUUCCAAAGGCUACGACGAAGUCUGCCGUCAAUUCGCCAUUAAAUUCCAAGCUGUCAUUGUCUCUGUCAAUUACCGUCUCACACCAGAGCACCGAUUUCCGUCACAGUACGAUGACGGAUUUGACACACUUAAAUUCCUAGACGAAACCGAUUUCGACAAAUUUGGUUUCCCGGCAAAUGCCGAUCUCUCCAAGUGCUUCCUUGCCGGUGACAGUGCCGGCGGCAAUCUUGCUCACCAUGUCGCCGUCAGAUCUGGGAGAGCUGAUUUCAAAAGAGUGAAAGUGAUCGGUCAGAUCUCGAUACAGCCGUUCUUCGGCGGCGAAGAGAGGACUGAGUCGGAGAUUCGUUUGGUGAACGCGCCUCUGAUAUCGGUGGCGAGGACGGAUUGGAUGUGGAAGGUGUUCUUACCGGAAGGCGAGAAUAGAGAUCAUGAAGCAGUGAAUGUGAGUGGGCCGAGGGCAAUUGAUAUAAGUAAAGUUAAGUAUCCGGCGACGAUGGUGGUGGUGGGAGGGUUUGAUCCGUUGCGGGACAGGCAGAGGAAGUUCUAUGAGUGGCUCAAGAGAUUUGGGAAAGAAGUAAAGCUGGUGGAGUAUCCAAACGCGAUCCAUGCCUUUUAUGUGUUUCCCGAAUUGCCCGAAUCUUCUCAUUUUAUUACGGAGGCCAGGGAUUUUGUCCAUAAGGUAUGUGAGAAUGCAUAAAUUGCUAAAUA